AUGACCUCAAAACCCAUCUUUGCAGCCACUCACCCACGCGCCUGCUCAACAGCCUUCGAGAGGGUCUUCAUGACAUGUCGAGAUACCCUCGAAUGCGUCCACGAGCCCUUCGGUGAUGCGUUCUACUUUGGGCCCGAGCGUAUGAGCGAGCGCUUCGAGAAUGACGAAGCGUACCGCGCAAAGUCGGGCUUUGCCAAUACGACGUAUGCGGAUGUGCUCGGGAGUGUCCUGAAGUUGGUGGAUGAGGGAAAGAAACAAGUCUUCAUCAAAGACAUAGCCUACUAUCUCCUCCCGCCGGACGGCAAACCCGCCAAGAUCCCCCCAUCCCUCGCCGCUGCGGAAGAACCCAAGAACCCCACCGUCAUCCCCCUCGACUCCCUCCGCCGCUUCCAAUUCACCUUUCUCAUCCGCCACCCCCGCCGCAGCAUUCCCUCCUACUACCGCUGCACCGUGCCGCCCCUCGACCAAAUAACGAACUUCGACCAUUUCAUGCCCAAUGAGGCCGGCUACGACGAGCUCCGCCGCCUCUUUGACUACCUCAUCGCAGAGGGAGUCGUGGAUAGGGAGAAUCUAGUCGUUCUUGAUGCGGAUGACAUGCUUGACAACCCCGAGGGUGCCAUCAAGGCGUAUUGCGAGAGGGUUGGCAUUGCGUUUUCGCCGAAUAUGUUGAAUUGGAGCGAGGAUGAUACGGUGCAUGCCGCUGAGGCCUUUGAGAAGUGGAAUGGGUUUCAUAAUGAUGCUAUUAGUAGCUCGUCGCUGAAACCCCGUACUCACGCCCAGGAGAAGAAAAACUCCACUUCCGAGUCGGAAGACGAGGAAUGGAGGAAAAAGUACGGCGAGGAGGCGCAAAAGGUCAUUCGCAAGACUGUCGAGGCCAACAUUGCCGACUAUGAAUAUCUCAAGCAGUUUGCCCUCAAGGUUCCUGUGAGGACUGGGUAA